GGCCGGGGCAGCCGCUUUGCCCUCAGCCGUCCCGGGGGCCGGGCGGGUCUCCACAGGGGCUGGGUGCAGCGGGGCGCCGGGGCCCGGCCGGGGAGCGAGGAGUGCCGGCCCGGCCCCCCCCGGGCGAGCCGCGGAGCCGCCGCUGGGAGUCCGCCUGGCGGGGGAUUAGCUCCGUGUAGUCCAAAGAGUUCUGGAGAAACGAGCUGUUGUCUUGUCCUGUGAGAAGUCCCCGGGCGCCCUGUUCCUUGUCCUCCGUGUGCUGCUGGGGGGGGGACCUGGGGGCUAGCAGCCCCCCAGCGGCAGCCUAGAGGGGGCGGAUCUCGGUUAUUGUCCCCACGGUGCCUUGGAGAGAGCAGGAUGUUCCUGGUCGGACUGUCAGGUGGAAUUGCUUCAGGAAAAAGCACAGUAGUGGCAGUAUUCCGGGAACUGGGCUGUGCAGUGAUUGAUGCCGAUGUUAUUGCCAGACAGGUGGUUCAGCCCCGCUUCUUAGCCUAUCAGCAGAUAGUGCAUAACUUUGGAAGUGAAAUCCUCUUGGAGAGUGGAGAGAUAAACCGGGAGGCUCUGGGAAACAUUAUCUUCUCCCACCCGGAAAAACGGCAGCUGCUGAACGCCAUCACUCAUCCUAAGAUCCAGAAAGAGAUGCUGAAACAGAUCUUUAAAUACUUUGUGCUAGGCUACCGCUAUGUGAUUCUGGACAUUCCGCUGCUGUUUGAGACCAACACACUAACCAAGUUCAUGAAACACACAGUCCUGGUUUACAGUGAUCCGCAGACACAGCUGUCACGACUGAUGAAGAGGAAUGGCUUGGCCCAGGCAGAGGCAGAAGCGCGCAUCGCCUCCCAGCUGCCGCUUGAUGAGAAGUGCAAAUUAGCUGACCACGUGAUUGACAACUCCGGGGACUGGGAGAGCACGCGGAGGGAGGUCCUGAGACUGCACUCUCAGCUGGAGGACUCUCUGGAUUUCCUCUUGGUGCGCUUAGUGGCGGUCACAGCAGUUGCUGGAAUUGGUGGGCUGGUGUGCUUUCUCCUCAGGCAUUUUCUCUCAUAAUUCCCUUUUUUUAAGGGACCAAAACGCUGCCUGGAAUUUCAAGUUUGCAAAGGGCAGUGAAAGGUCAUGAGCCUUAAUGGCUUUGCCGUCUGAAUACAGACGACAAGAUGAGCAGAGUCUCCUUGUAAACUUCUCAAGGUGAAGCAUGGAUUCCUUGCCAAUGCACUGACUCUGCGUCUUUCUUUUACCUUUUUAGUCCUGUUAUUAAUGAUCAGCAACUGCUGCAGGAGAGGGGGAGGGGGAGCUGUAAUGGUUGGAGGCCCCCAGACAUUUGAGUAUGAAGUAAUUGCACAGUUAGGAUGGACAUAUUAAAACCAUGUUUUAGGCCAACUCAUUGAAGUGCUAGUCUACAGGGUGAAAGGAAUCUUGCCUUCAGUUUAACCCUGGGUGGAAUAUGAUUACUUAACAUGUCUCACGGCACUCUGGUCCAGGUGUGGGGAUCUGGACUAUGGGGUUCUCUUCCCCCAUUUCCCAGCAUCCUCAGCUCCCAAGAGCUGGCCCUAGAUGGUUCACUCGGACUCUAGACAAGGAAUUUCACUUCUAUUUCCUGGUUGUGAGAUUUAAUGAAUGUUUGCAAAGUGCCUUAAACCCCACCAAUGCAGGGCAUUGCAAAAUUGCAAGAGUUACUAUAAAACGUCGAUCUCA